AUGGCACAAGUAAAACUACUAGAUUUCUGGGCUAGUGCUCCUGCAAUGAGAGUGAGAAUAGCGUUGGCUGAGAAGGGAAUAGAGUACGAGACUCAGGAAGAGGACUUGAGAAACAAGAGCCCUCUGCUUCUAGAGAUGAACCCAGUGCAUAAGAAAAUCCCAGUUUUGAUCCACGAUGGGAAGCCCAUUUGUGAAUCAAUGAUCAUUGUCGAGUACAUCGACGAGGUCUGGAGUGACAAAUCUCCUCUACUGCCUUCUGAUGCUCAUGAGAGAGCUCGUGCAAGGUUUUGGGUUGACUUCAUUGACAAAAAGAUUGGAGACCCAAUUAGGCAGUUGGUGUGGACAUCAAGCAGUACUGAAAACAAAGAAGCAGCAGCAAACGAUCUCAUUGAGAUUUUUAAAGUAAUGGAAGCAGAGCUUGGAGACAAACCCUAUUUUCAAGGAGAGAGCUUUGGCUUUGUUGAUGUUGCAGUUGUACCUUUCUAUAGCUGCCUCUAUACUUAUGAGAAACUUGGGAACUUCAGCAUUGCUAAAGAGUGCCCCAAGCUCGUUGCAUGGGGUAAAAAAUGCUUGCAGAAGGAAAGUGUGUCGAAGACUCUACCCGACCCAUAUAAAGCCUACGAGUUCUUUUUGGACUGCAGGAAGAAGCUGGGAAUUGAGUGA